UUUCAGCGCACUUCGAAAAUAAUGCAACUGCUGCAAUCUGUAAUAAGAAUAUGUUAAGAAGCACCAAAGGGACAAUUGAAGUCGAGGAGAUCUCUGCUGCGACCUAUGCGGAGUUUCUGCUAAAGCACGAACAUAUUUUAAAGGACGAGGUGACUAUGCUGAGCUACAAGGCAGCUAUCGAAGCAAAUGCGGAACUCUUUCAUCAGGCCACAGUGCUCGAAGUGGGCUGUGGCAGUGGCGUGCUCUCCUUGUGGGCGGCCCAGCAGGGCGCUGCAAAGGUAAUUGCCGUGGAGUCGAGUGCCGUGUGCCAAGUCGCGCGCCAGCUGGUGAGGCACAAUCGAAUGGAGCAUGUGAUCGAGGUGAUCCAAGAAAAUGUGCAGCAACUACAGCUGCCCCCAGUCGACAUCAUCAUCUCCAAGUGGAUGGGCUCCGCUUUGGAGGCUGUGAUAUAUGCCCGGGACAAAUGGCUCAAACCUGGUGGCUGCAUAUUUCCUCACCAGGCCAAUCUCUAUAUGGUAGCAGCAGACCAGCCACGGGAGCAGCAAUCUCUGCCAGACUAUUGGACACGUUACUCCGGCCUCGAUUUGCGUCUUGCUUGGCGAAUCAUGCAACAAACACCUGUUAUCGACUGCCUGGAUGCUGCUCAGGUGAUCACCCAAUGGCAGCUGCUGCGUCGCUUCGAUCUGAGCACGCUAAGCAGCCACGAGCUGAGCUUCACUGUGCCCUUCAAGCUGCGCGCCUUGCGCCAAUCCCUGGCCAAAUGGUUUGUGCUCUACUUUGACUUUCGUUUCCCAAAGCUAAAGCCAAUUACAACGAGUCCAAGUGCUCCGCCUACCCAAUGGAAGCAAGCGCUCUUCCACAUCGAUGCUCAUCUCCCACUCUGCAUUAGAGAUGUUGUGAAAGGUACAUUUCAGGUGAAGAGGGCCGUACGUCAUCUGGAUUUUGACAUCGAUUGGAGCUUCUCGAAUGAAUUGGUUCAAGUUCAAAUGCAUAAGCAAAUCUAUCGCAUGCAGGCAGGGCCGGAUGCUGUGUAG